CUUUAGAACAAUAUUGUUACCAGCGGGCAAGGUCGGCGAGCACGUUGGCGCGCGGAAAUCUGCAGGAAGGGUCUUUUCUUCAGGGUCACCAAGACGCACGCGCUCUGAGAUCGCUGUUUUUCCCAAGCUCUUUUGCUCGCCCGGUUGGAGUUAGCCUUGCACAUGCGUGCUUUGCCCGUACUCUUCCGUAGGAGUUACAACAAUGGAAAUCAGCAGCAGAAUUGAGUGUAUAUUUUUCAGUGAAUUCCACCCAACCCUGGGACCUAAAAUAACAUAUCAGUUCUGUCUUGUUCCUGCAGGUACCAGAGGAUUUUAUUUCCCGAGAGUUGUUUGAUACAGUGCAAGUAUACAUCAUCACCAAACCCGAACUCCAAAAUAAGCUUAUCACAGUUACGGCUAUGGAGAAAAAGCUAAUUGGUUGCCCAGUUUGCAUUGAACAUAAGAAAUACACCCGGAAUGCCUUGCACUUCAACCUUGGCUUUGUUUGUGACGCUAGAGCUAAGACCUGUGCACUGGAACCGAUUGUGAAAAAAUUGGCAGGUUACCUUACUACUCUGGAGCUUGAAAGUGGUUUCAUUUCCAAUGAUGAGAGCAAGCAAAAAUUGAUACCCAUCAUGACCAUCCUACUUGAAGAACUGAAUGCUACUGGCAAAUGCACUCUGCCUAUUGAUGAAUCAAACACCAUUCACCUGAAAGUGAUUGAGCAACGUCCAGAUCCCCCAAUUGUACAAGAAUAUGACGUCCCUGUCUUCACCCAAGAUAAAGAUGACUUUUUAAAUUCUCAAUGGGACCUCACUACUCAACAGAUCCUGCCAUAUAUUGAUGGGUUUCGUCAUGUUCAGAAAAUAUCAGCUGAAGCAGAUGUAGAACUCAAUUUGGUUCGAAUUGCUGUCCAAAACCUUUUAUACUACAAUGUAGUCACUCUUGUUUCAAUACUUCAAUACUCAAAUGUCUAUUGCACAACUCCUAAAGUUCAGGACCUAGUGGAUGAUAAAUGCCUGCAAGAUGAAUGUCUCUCAUAUGUCACAAAACCAGGACACAAGCGAGCCAGUUUGAGAGAUGUUUUCCAGCUCUACUGUGGACUGAGCCCUGGGACGACUGUUCGAGACCUUAUUUGCCGCUACACUCUCCAACUCCAGAGAGUGGAUGAAAGAAAACUCAUCCAGUUUGGUUUGAUGAAGGGUCUUAUUCGGCGGCUCCAGAAAUAUCCUGUAAAAAUAGCUCGGGAUGAAAGAAGUCAUCCAGCUCGAUUGUACACUGGCUGCCAUAGCUAUGAUGAGAUUUGUUGUAAAACAGGAAUGAGCUAUCGGGAAUUGGAUGAAAGAUUAGAGAAUGAUCCCAAUAUAAUUGUUUGUUGGAAAUGACACUCUUCGAGAAAUGGGAUGAUUAUUAUGCCCCGCUAAUUGUAAUUGGGCUGCAUGAGACAUUGUGGUGGCCCCAGGACUCUUCUGGUUCAUGAAAAGCAGCAUGGCUUAAACUAGCUUCUGAAACAAAGGGUUAAUGGAUUUGAUCCUCUUUGAUCAGCAGAGAUGCUUCUUUUGGGGGAAGGGGUGUUAAAGACACACCGGGCGUAUAAAGAAACUUCAGAAGGCUAUGGUGUUGAGCAAGGGAUAAAAUAGUUUGAAAAUAGUUUGGAAGGAACUGAAAUGGAAAUAUGUCUAGCAGGGAAUGCUGUACAAUAAAUCCUCCCCCUUAAUUUGCUGCUCCUCAGCAGGCAGAAAAAUCUAUUCUGCUUAUUAGUGUCUCACCCUGGAUUUUCCCCAUAACUAAUAACUACAUACUUCUCUAUCAUAAUAUGCCUUCUUUUUUAACAAAAGGGAUCAUACCCACUUGAAAUUCUUUAAGAGUUUUGAAAAAAAACUCUUGCCGAUUAUAAAUCAUGGAUAAUCAUCCUAAUAAAAAGCAAGCCUACUCUUUUUAGGAAGUAAAACACUGAAGUAAAAUUGUGGAAAUAAACCUGCAGCAUAGUUACAUUUAAUAUAAUUGGGCUCAACCUAUUUACUUUGAAUACUUUUCAAAACUACUGAUUGUGAGAAAGAAUAAUGGGCCUCUUCUAUUUUAUAAAGCUCACAUAAACUAGAAUAUUUUUCUGUGGAAAUUUAAAGCAAAUGCAGCAAUUGAAAGGGAAACUAAUCAUAGUAAAAAUAAAGUGUAGAAUCUCUCAUUCAUUAUUUGAUAUCUUCCUCUUAUAAAUCAAUUAAAGCUUUUGCAUCUGAAAAGAACUUGAGGUAUAUGGGUGGAAUUUUGAUAAAAUGAUUGCUAGCACAAACUGACUACUUUAGUAAAGGUAGACAGUGCCAAAUACAGGUGGCCCCCACUUAUCUACCAUAGUUGGUACCAACAACUCUUGUCACUAAGCAAUGUGAUUGUAAAGUGAAACAUCACAUGACCAUGCUAAUUAAUCAUAGCAAUUCCAGCUGCAGCCAUGAAGCAUGAUCAAGUGUAACUUCCUUCUGGUUUCCUCAUUGACUUUGCUUGUCAGGAACUGGCUGUGAAGGUCGUAAAUGGCGAUCACAUGAGUGCAGAACUCUGCAAUAGUUGUAAAUGUGCAUUGGUCACAGGCUUGAUAAAUCACAUUGACUAUGGGGGUGCUGCAAUGGCCACAACUUUGGGGACCAGUUGUAAUUUCCUUUUUCAGUGCCACUUCAAGUGGCUACUGAAUGAGUGAUAAGCAAGGACUACCAGUAUUAAUUUGAAACCACACUGAGGAUAUUUCUCCCAUAAGACCUCCCAGAAGCAUUUUAUCACAUUUACUUAGAUGUCUUUUGUAUUUGUGGGGGAGGGUCAUUUCCAAAUACAGCACUGGACUGUAUCUCCCCUGUAAUUUUCAUUUUCUAAGAAUACUCUAUAUACAUGCAUACACAUAUAUAAACAUACAUAGAGGAUACAGAGGCAUCACUGGAAUUAAAAGUGUUACUUGAGCAAAUGUUCUUUGUAGUAUGUUAAUAUCUAUGUCCUAUGCUAUUUGUGAAUAUAGUAGCAAGUUUAUAUAUUUGGCAAAUCCAUACAUCUUAGCUGACCUAAAGUUCUGUAACCGUUUACAAACUUUUUACAUUCUAUUACUGCUGCAUUCUAUUAAAUUGUUCUUGAUUGAUUCAUUGUGUUAUCAAUUUCAACUCUUAGUGGCCACAUAGAUUUGCUGCCUGAGUGCAUCUUAGCUGAUGGAAAUUAUUAUUUUAAAACUAUAUUCUCUGAAUCUGUAAUUUCUAUUUUAGAGAGGUGCUCCAUAAACCUUAAGAGGGAAAAAACAUGAGUCUAAAUAGUAUCUUAGUUUGACCUUUUUGUGCUUUUUUUCUCUGCCAACUUGGUAAAACUCAGUGUAAUGAUUUACGUUUUGGGGGUAGAUAUCUGUUGAGCACAUAAAGGAAGAUUUUUGACUAUACUGUCAUAUCAGGUAGAAAAAAAUCUUAGGUUACCAGGGGAGUGUUCUGAUUUUUAAAAACUGCAUUUGAGAAUAAAAUGGGUAUUUUAGCAUUCUUGUAAUUACAAACUACUGUAUACCUUAGGGAUUAAAGAUGUAUAACUUCUACUUUAGA